AGCUUUGGUGAAAGUUCUUCCACGAUGAGAGACCGCUUGGAGGAGCUGCGGAAGAGGGCUCAAGACCUUUCUGAGGCAGCAUCUGAAAACAGCGUCCCUCCCUCAGUGGAGGUUGAUAAUGACGACUCUAUGGCGGCCAUAACGCCACAGGCUGUGAUGUUCGAGGAAGAGCCGGUCAUUAAGAAUUUCCUGUUUGAGGCCCAGCGAAUCAGAGAUGAUAUCACAGUGCUGGACAUAGAGGUCCUUAAGUUUGGACAGCAGCAAAAGACCCUGGUUGCAGCCAUGCGUCGUUUCAGUGUGAUGAAGAAGGAGAGCAGUAUAACCCGGGACAUCAAGCUCAAAGCCGAGAGCCUCCAUCGACGCAUAGAUGCUCUUUCAAAACAGGUCCAAAGGACUGAGGACCAACUGGGACCUAAUGCUGUUACAACCAGAAUACAACUCUCCCAGCAUGCAUCACUACACUCCAAAUUCCAGCAGGUAAUGCGGCAGCAUAAUGAAGGUCUGCUGGCGAAUGAAAUGGUGACCACAGGAAAAUGGGAGGUGUUCAAUGAGAACCUGCUGAAUGAUGCCAGAAUCACACGAUCACAACCAUCUGAGAUUGAACAGCGACACAAGGAGCUGUUGAGUCUGGAGAACAACAUGAGGGAGCUGAGGGACCUGUUUAUGGACAUUUUUAUUUUGGUGGAGGAACAAGGCUCCUACAUUGAGCACAUCCAGACCAAUGUGGAGAGGUCUCAGGAUUAUGUGGCUGCAUCUAAUGAAAAAUUCAAGAUGGCCGCCAGAUACAAGAAGAACAACCCACUGCGACAGCUGUGCUGCUGCUGCUGCCCUCCCUGGAGAUGUUGCUUAUAAACAUGUGUUUACCUCAACGUUCUUUCCGAGUAAUAUUUUAUAUUAGAAUUCUCACUUACUUGUUGGGAAUAAGGAACUUUGGAUUCAAGUACCAUUAAAGUGAAGGUUAUUAUGGCUCUGCAGUUUUGCUGUUGAACAGUGUGAAGGUGAAGAUAGAUUCAGCAGAUCAUGGAAAACAAUUAGGGUGAAAGCCAGAAUUGGUAUUUGAAGCACUUGUUUCUUUCAAGAGGAUGUGAGACGACUGCUAUUGGAAGAGACAGUUCAGUGAGUGCUGCUCACCAACACUGCUGCUUAUUGGAGACCUUCACUGUCAUCUGACAGAGGUCACAAACAAGCCGAGACCACUGCCUCUCACUGCUGGAUCAGCAAGACCCAAGACAAGACGUCAAGACUUCUACCAAUGAGCCUCUUAGCUUUCCUCUGUCACAGGACCACACGUGACCAUUUAUUUUUGUAUACAUUAUGUGCACUU